AUGUAGCGCGAGUUGAUAAUAAAAAAUAAGUACAAUGUAUUUUUUUUAAUUUUUCUUUAAUUAAAUAUAAAAUAUCAUUUCCUUAUUUUCAAACGUUAAUAAAUAUAAUAAAAUGCCACCCCACAGAUUUAUGCAUCCUAGAAAUUUAUACAAAAUCAGACCAAACUUUAAAGAAUUAGCUGAAGAAUAUCCUGAAUUUAGAAAAUAUGCUACUACUACUUUAAAUGGAAAAGUUACUUUUGAUUUUGAGAAUCCUGAUGGAUUACGUGUUUUGACUAUAAUUUUGUUAAAAAAAGAUUUUGGCUUAGAUGUUGAUUUACCAUCUGGUAAAUUAGUACCAAGAAUACCAUUAAGACUAAACUACCUUUUAUGGAUUGAAGAUUUAUUAAACUUGAAUAAUACUAAUUCAUUUAAUACCAAAGGAAUAGAUAUAGGUACUGGUGCAUCAUGUAUUUAUCCACUAUUAGCAGCCAAAAAGUUUGGCUGGUCCAUGGUUGGUACAGAUAUCAAUAAAGAAUCAAUUGAAACAGCACUUAAAAAUGUGGUAAAAAAUAAUCUUCAAUGUAAAAUCAAUGUAUUAGAAGUAUCGGAAUGGGAUGGACUUCUACCAGUAAAAGAAAAUGAACACUAUGAUUUUUGUAUGUGUAAUCCUCCAUUCCAUUGUCAACAAACAACAUGUUCUGAUGAUGAAGAUAAUAAUACUGGAUCUUCCUGUGAAAUGUAUACAGCUGGUGGUGAAGUUGACUUUAUUAAAAAAAUUAUUACUGAGAGUGAAAGAUUACAAAAUUCUAUUAGUAUUUAUACUACCAUGGUUGGCUAUAAGUCAUCAUUAAGUCCUUUGAAAAAAGAACUAGUCAACAUUGGAGCCAAUAGUAUUGCCAAAGCUACUUUUUUUCAAGGCCAAACUGCACGUUGGGGACUUGCUUGGACAUUCCAUUCAGAUAUCAAAUUAAUCAAUUUUAUGCCUAACAUAGAGUUUCAAAAAAAUUCAUUAAAACCACCCCUGUCAUUUUCUCUUUCAAGUACAUAUAAUACUGAUAGUGCCAUUUAUAAAUUAAAUGAACUAUUUUCAAAUUUAAAGUUGAUUGUUUCUCCUUAUAAAUUAUUGAAAAAUAAAGAUAUUUUAUACCAAGCUGAUAUUAAAGCAUUCGAAAAUACAUGGCAUCAUCAAAGACGAAAAAGACGAAUGGAACAGAGGUUAACAGACAAAAGACAAAAAAAGGAAAACAAUAUGUAUAAUGAGUCAGAAUUUAAUCAAUCCUCAGAACCUCAUAAAGAUAAUAAAAAAAUUUUAUUUGAAGCUACUCUAGUUUUAAGAACUAAUGACAAUAUUUGGAUUGACAUGUUACAUUUAAAUGGUGAUAGGAACAAUUCAUAUCAAGUAUUUCAGUUACUAAAAAAUCUUUUUGCUUAAUUAAAGUGUCAUGUGAAACAAAUUUUGGGAAUCCAAAUCCAAGACAAUCUGGUUGUGUACUUGGUCGUUGAAAAUUUUCCCAUGACGGAUCUGGUACAAAACUUUCAACAAUGUUGCAUGGCUAUAAAAAAAUUCAUAUGAAUUAAAAACAUUAUUCUUUAACUUAUAAAUCGAUAAUCAAUGUGUACAUCAAUCAUAUGUAUAUAUUUUUUAAUUUAAUAUCAACUAAAAAUGUUUUGUUUUUUGUUACAAAAAAUUUAAAUUACUUAUAUUUUUUAUAUUCUGUAUAAAAAAAAAUAAGCAGAAUGAAUAAGUCAAAUAAUUUAUA